AUGAGAGGUAUUAUAAUUCUACCACUAAUAUUCUUUAAUAGUUUUUUAAAUGCCAGCUUCUUACACACAGAAAUAGUAAGUAAUGUUCGGAAAUGCAUUUUAAACUGUCAAUAUUUUCAGGAAGAUGACGUGGAAACUGAGAUUAGUGAUUGGAGUGAAGCAAAAACGGAUGGAAAACUGAGACUCAUCACAUUCUUGGUGGGAAUUGACAGUUCAUUGGUCAGUUUAGCUGAACAACUUUAAUAAACUCUACAAUUUUCAGACAAGGUACUAUAACUACGACGAGAAUCGCAUUCGCUCAGCACUUAUAGUCCUUAUGCACACUGUGAACCAGGUAAAAUCUAAAGUCUUGUGAAAGUCCGAUAAAAGCAUUUUAAGUACUUUUACCCACUGAACAUUCGAUUGUCUAUAAUAGACAUAUUACCGGUAAAAGGCACGAGUAUGGGUUUGGAUGAUUUCACGGCUUGGAAGAAAGAACAAAGGAACUUGAUGGAGCAUGAUGUGACAGUUCUGCUCCGACACAAUUAUGAAGGAGGAAUCGCCUAUUCUAACGGAAUUUGCUCGAAAAACAGUUUGAUGAUCUCUGGUGUAAGCACUAAACACGUGGUUGUAAAGAUAAUCGCGAAACUUUUAGUUUUUCCCGGAGUCAACAAUGAACAAUGCUUGGGUAUUCAUGCACCAACUGGCUCAUGUUGUCGGGCUCUCACAUCAAAUUAGAACAAAGUGUAACUGUAAAAAUGAAAAUGAAAAUGCAAAGAACGGAAAAUGCUUGAAAUUGCGGUAAGCUUUUUCUCAAUAAAGAAACAUUCGAAUACUUACGCAAAGGGUCAGCGAAAGCAAAAAAGAGAGAGUGAGACGCAGGCAGUCAGAAAGAAGCUGCUGCAAAGAUCUUCCAUUGAGCAAAUAGAAAAGCGAGAAGAGAAAGCGCGUAGAAAACUGCGAUGGGUCCGAAAAUGUUUCAUUUGUGUUUCAGUGGAUUCGGCGAAUGCAGUGUACAGGAAAUGGUGGACAAGUUAACGAAUCACACGUGUCUGUCACAACAGUCGCAAAGUCUGACAAGUGGGCUCACGAUGAGAAAAGGUUCACUGCCAAUUUGCGGGAACGGAAUGUUGGAAGAAGAGGAGGAAUGUGAUUGUGGACCCGAGAGGUGAGUUGAAAAGAGACUUGUAGGUAUCCGGGCCGAUGCCGUAACAUUGCUAUAAGUGAAUGCCAAAGUGGCAAUCUAUCACAUUUGAACAAAUUUGGAUCUUGCCAGACAGGGCCAGGGAACUUGUCUGGUUCAAACGAAUAGAAACGAAAAAUUACGAAAAAGUUGUGCUCCUUUUUUAUCGGCUACCUUUCAAAACUAAAUGACCGGCUCUUAUCUUAUCACGUCACGUAUUACAGAUUCUGUGACAACAUUCUCUGUGAUGCGGUCAAAUGUAGGUUCAUUGUGAAGAAAGCCUAUCUGACCAACAUUAUUCCGAUGACGCUGGCUAUUUUCGCUUUUGGAUUUGUACUAUUGUUAUGGUAACAUCAUUUCAAAACACCCUUUAUCUCUGUCAAUUCAGGAAGAUUCUGAUAUUCCCAUCAAUUGCAUCAUUGCUCCAGAAACUUGCAUCAUUGCGAAAGGCAGAAGUUGAAGAGCAACCGGAGAACGGAAAUGACGUGGACGUCGAGCAGGCGCCAGUUGCGGUCCGCAUGAGACCUUCAACUAGCGGCGAUCAAUCUGAAAUUCCUGUUGAAAAUCGAAGAACACGGUUUAGUGAUCUGUAUGUCACUAUGCGGCCAAUUUCGAGGUUCUGGGAGAAAUUUCAAAAACAGAAAGAUAGUGCUGGUGCCGCCGCGCCCAUUUAACCUUCUAUCCCUUGUGUCCUGUCCUUAUUGUUAAUCCCUCUCCGUCAUUCCAUUCCGGUGUAUCCUAUCCUAUCCUUAAGUCAAAACAACGGGUCCAAGUAUACAUAUUUGUAGUUUGAAUGAAGAUUUGAAUGAAAAAUCAAGAAUAUUCGGAUAUCCGCAUUCAUCGCAGACUCUUGACAUUGAUGCGUCACUUCGCCUGUCAAGAAAAGUUUUUGGGCCACUUGAGGUGGCUGGGUGGCAGAUUUUCCUAAAAAAUCGGAAGAGAAAGCGUCGUAUAAAAAGCUGAGGCGCCCAUACAGUUCAACAGUCAUUCCCACUCCACAUGCGAUCAAACAUCGUUAUUUUACUUAUUUUCACCAUCACAUUUUCUUUAAUUUAUUGCUGUCCGGAUGAACCGACAGAGUUUCUAAUUCUUAUAAAAGCAGCAUAUUAUUUAUCCGAUUAUCAAUGGAGCGCUGUGAGAAGUUUACUAGCAAAACUUUCAAGUUCUGUGAAUAUGGGAAGGACGAAAGAGGUGAGUGCUAAUCAUAUGAUAACAUGCAAACUUGCACAUUGUUUAGUCCUCUCAAAUCGGAAUCUACCUCUAUGAUAAUCUGAAUGAACCAAACGCGGUAAUAGGAUUGGGUACUUAUGGCCGAAACUCAGAUUUGUCAACUGCUGUGCAAAAGUUGAAAUUGUUGCCAUGCGGAACUUGGUGUGGUGAGCAGACGCAAAAAACCGACGUUGAGGUAGGGAACUUUGAAAAAGGUCCGGCAAAUCAUCUAAACUCUCCAGCAAAUUGCAUCAAUCCUGUCGAAGCAAGCAUUCACAAGAACAGCGAAGGUAUUCAUCAUAACCACUCAGUUUAUCGAUAGUUACGGACUUCAAUCUCUUGUCACUACCAGUCAGAACGUUAUGAUCCAGCAAGUGAUGAUCCCUCAAUCCCCUGGAGUCGUUACUUACGACGCUCCCUACUACAAUUACUAUCGGGCGUAUUACGACAACUACAGAAGGUUGAUAUUUGAAAACAUCACAUCGGAAAACAUUUUGUCUUCAGAUACUCCAGUCGAAUGGAACAAAUAUACCCGUACGUGCAUGUUGAAGUGCCCACCGACCAGUAUCCGUUUAUUGAGCAGGCUGAUCGCUAUGAGAACUACGAUUUUGAGAGGUUCGUCUAUCUGUUUUUCACAUCAACAUAAUUUUGUUUAUAGUUGGGCAAGCGGUACUUGCUAUUCUCUGAUCGCAUGUCAGGAGUGUAUGACCAUCGCCAAAAUCGAGACCAACGUAGACUCUGUCGCUGAAAUUGAGACUGUUCACUCUGGAGAUUCUAACAAUCUCGGAAAAGUCAUAGAGCCUAAUAAACUGACUUCUGAAUUAGUGACUCAAAAGUCGAAAAUGACCCUCACCACAUCGGGUUCUGAGGACUACGAGUACGAAAUCACUGCCGACCCGCCCGGGAGUAAGAUUUUUAAUCCUUUAUAACUUGCCCUUUGAAAAACAUGCCAAUCGAAAGUGCUUUAUUACAGUGAAAAUCAACAAGACGCCCCUUCAGGAUGAAGUGAACGAGAAGUCUGUCAGCGACGAAGACCUGAUUUAA